AUGCUAAGCAGUUGGACCAAACAUUUACUUCAUUGUGCCUUAUUGGUGAUUGUAAUAUCAGUAUUUGAAAUAUGGUCAGGCGGUGUAAAACUAUCAGCAGAUGUUCAAAAUACCUUUAAUUUUAAUCCAUGGGAACGCUAUGGUUUUAUUUGGUGCUCUGCGUUGUAUCUACUACGAUUAUUGACCUUUUUACCAUUACCUCAAGUUCUUCUAAAUUUCUUUGGUCUUACAUUUUAUAAUGCUUUUCAAGAUAAAGUUGUAUUGAAAGGAUCACCCUUAUUGGCUCCAUUUAUCUGCAUACGUAUUGUCACAAGAGGAGACUAUCCUCAACUAGUCAAAGCCAAUGUAUCCCGUAAUAUGGCUCGAUGUUUGGAAACUGGUAGAAUUAAAAUUUUUAUUUUAUUGUUUAAUAUCAUAUUUAACAUUUUUUUUUUUAGGAUUAGAAAAUUUCAUCAUUGAAGUCGUGACUGAUAAAUCUGUUGGACUACCUGUACAUAGACGAAUAAGGGAAGUUAUUGUACCAAAAUCGUAUAAAACAAAAACUGGUGCUCUUUAUAAAUCUAGAGCACUACAAUAUUGUUUGGAAGACAAUGUAAAUAUUUUGGCUGAUUGUGAUUGGGUUGUACAUUUAGAUGAAGAAACCUUAUUGACUGAUAAUUCAAUCAGGGGUGUCUUAAAUUUUGUAUUGGAUGGUAAACAUCAGUUUGGUCAGGGUCUUAUUACAUAUGCAAAUGAAGAAGUUGUGAAUUGGUUCACAACUUUAGCUGAUAGUUUUAGAGUCGCUGAUGACAUGGGUAAACUUCGAAUUCAGCUUUCAAUGUUCCAUAAACCCCUUCUUAGCUGGAAAGGAUCUUAUGUUGUCACUCAAGUAAAUAUUAUUGUUCAAAAUGUUUUUUUUAAAAGUAAAUAAUAUUCUUAGACUUAUCUCAUAAACUACUAUUAAAAUAUUUAAAAAAAAAUGAUUUAUGAAGAAAAACUUGCAUACAAAAUGUACUUAAAAUACAUAUAUUAUUAGAAUGAAACAAAAACCCACAUAAUUUUAAAUAUUUUAAGGUAAUAAGUUUGUUUCGUCAGUUAUGCCACAACUGGACUAUUAACUGCUUAUUUUUUCAAUGUAUUUUACAAAAUGGAGGUUAAUUUUAAAACUAAUAAUUAAAAUUACAUUAUUUGUACUUGUUGGGUAAUUAAAAUAAAGUAAAUUAUUUAUUUUUACGAUAAACAUUUUAAUUAAUGUAUUUAAUAUAUACUGAUUUACCUAAAUAGUAUUCAUAAUUUAUCUGUUACAGUGUAGGGCUUGUGUAUAAAAGGUCUCUAGCCUCAAUUUUUCUUUGGUACCUACAUUUUUUUUUCUUUUUAUAUCAUACAACAAUUAAACUAACAAAAUACAAUUCAAAUUUCAACAUCAAGUUCUUGUCUUUGACAAUUUCAAAGCAAGUAUCACCAUUUUUAUUUAUAACUAAAUAAAACUAAACACCCACUCUUUAAUUGUCCCAGGAAUAUAUUUUUAUUAGUGGGGUCAAUAAGCAGAGCUUUGUGGGGGCCCUGCUUAAAAAUAACAACUACUGUAAAAAGUAUAAACAAAAUCUAAGGCCUUGACUGUGUUCGUGUCUCUGGCCAGGGCAACACUAAUCAGUUAAAUCAAUCAAAUUGUAUUAAUUUAUUUGAUUCAUGUAGUUUAAUCAUUUUUAAAUUUUAGUUAGGUGCAGAGCGCCAUAUUUCAUUUGACAAUGGCUUAGAUGGAUCGAUUGCAGAAGAUUGUUUCUUUGCCAUGCGAGCUGCUAGAGAAGGUUAUACGUUUAAUUUUGUGGAAGGAGAAAUGUGGGAGAAAUCGCCAUUUUCUCUUUGGGACUUCAUUCAACAACGUAAACGUUGGCUGCAAGGUAUUCUAUUAGUUGUCCAUUCAGCUGCUAUACCUUCAAGAACAAAAAUUUGGUUAGCCUUGUCAUGUUAUUCAUGGGUGACAUUGCCUCUGUCUACAUCUAAUUUAGUUUUAGCAAGAUACUAUCCAAUACCAUGUCCAGGAAUUAUGGAUUUUGUUUGUGCAUUUAUAGCUGGAGUUAAUAUAUAUAUGUACAUAUUUGGUGUAGUCAAAUCAUUUUCUUUAUAUCGGUUUGGUGUACUAAAAUUUACAUUGUGUAUAAUAGGCGCACUGUGUACUAUACCCUUUAAUGUAAUAAUUGAAAAUGUUGCGGUCAUAUGGGGUCUUUUUGGAAACAAGUACAAGUUUUACGUUGUACAUAAGGAAAUAAAACCAAUUAUCACCGUUUAG